AUGAUGACUCAUGAGACGGACGACGGUGUGUACGUGGUGAACGAUUCCAUAUUUGCGACCGGCGAGGCGCACAAGGCGACACAGGAGGAGAACCUCGCUGAGAUUCAGCCUCGCCCGAUAAAUGAAAUCCUAUACAUCGCCUCCAUCGUGGCGCAACUCCAAUUUCCCUUAGACGUGGUGAACAGCAUCCUGGAGCUUGCGGGCGUACUGCUCGCUUUUCAAGCUGAGACUUCAGACUUUUGUCGUGGUCGUAGUAAUAUGAAUGAAGAAUAUGUGCGAUUACAGCUGCCUACCCCUGAAGAGCUACAGAUUCCGCUUGGAGUGGACGUGAGUAAAUGUUCGCUGGUGGUAGCAGAUUGCGUGUCCAAGGACCAAGGGUGGGCCACAGAUGGACGCGAGCACAAUGGUACUUACCGUGAAUCGAGUUCCUGGUGUGAGCUGGUGGUGAGGUCCACAGUUGCAAUGGGGGAGAGCAAUGAGUUAGCGCGUGUGCCAUUUUACCCAAACCUUCGAGCUGGCAGAAACUUUCGCCACCACCGCAGAUAUUUUACCAGCUCUGCUUUUUUGCUUAGAAGCUUAAAUUUAGGUGAUAGCGUAUCAAUAGUGCUGCGGUCGCAGUAUCCCGGGUGGACAAACUCGGCUAAGUACGGCAGACUUGCAGUCUGCUUUGCUGUUGAGCUAAAUGACGAAUUCUCGUUUGCUGAUAUCUCUUUUCCGGAAAGCGAUGUACUUGAAGAGGAGAGCAGGAAACCCUCUAUCCCUUGCUGUAUCCAGUAG